UCAUCAUCAUCAUCAUCACCAUCAUCGGCAACAUCAUUAAUGAUGAUCAAAUCAAAGCCACCUAAAAUGGCCGCAUUGUCUUCCCUUUAUUCAUCAAAUGGAAAUUCAUAUUAUCCAUUACAUUCAUCAUCCAAUGCUGUUAGUGGACAACAGAAUCGUUUGAAAAUAUUAUUAAAUCCACCACCGGCUGGUUUUGGUGCCAAUUUAGUACCAAAUAAAAAGUGUAACUUUGAAAUAUAUCCAUCCGGUUGUUUUGAUGAAAAUGGUUCCAUUUGUGACAAUGAUGGUAUGUGUAUAUGUCGUCCUGGUUAUCUGAUACGGAUUGCCAAUCUUUACUGUUUGCGGCCAUCAUUCAUUGGUGAAGCUUGCUAUACUACUGAACAAUGUGAACGUAAAGUGGCCAAUUCUGGUUGCUUUAAUUAUCGUGAAGAAUAUCGUGAAGAGAAUCCAAGUGCCUUUUUUGGACCAUCCCAAAGUUCAUGGCCAAUGGGUGAAUGUCGUUGCCGUAUUGGACAUCGUUUUGAUGAACGAUUAAAUGCCUGUGUACGAAGUAUUAUAGGCAGCUGGUGUUCAAAUGUUUGGGAUUGUGAAAUGGCUGAUGAAGAUCUUGAACAUAUCGAAUCCGGUGGUCAUCGAUCAAAUCGAACUGGCGGAUUACAUCAAUCACAUUUACAUCCAUUAUUGGGAUCAUCAUCAUCAUCAUCAUUAACUACAUCACAUUCGGCAUUGGCAAGCACAAGUCGUAAUAAAAUUGCCAAUCUUGUAUGCGAGAAUAAUAUCUGUAAUUGUAGUCAAUUUUUUUAUUAUAAUCAAACAGCUGAAGAAUGUCAAUAUGUUGAAACUUAUGGACAUUCAUGUCAAAUAUCAACAAACGUUGUUAUAAAUGAAAAUUCAGUUAAUGAUAAAAAUGCUCAUUAUAAUAAUAUAAAUCCAUCAAAACGAAGUAUACGAUUCCGGAAUCGACGUGCUCGGCAAUUGGUUAAAUCAUUACAACAACAACAACAACAUGAACUAUUGAUGACUAUGACAACGACAAGCACAGUAAAUCCAAUUUAUAAUGAAAAUCUAUUGAAUUUAGAUAAUCAUAGACAAUAUUAUAUUGGCCAAAAACAACAAUUCCAUAAUGAUCGUUCAUCUCGUUCAUUGUUACGUGAUACAUUUGUGAAUGAUGAAUUUGAUGGUGGUUCAUCAUCGCCAUCAUCAUCAUUAUUACCAUUUGAAUGUAAUUAUCCUACAGUGUGUUCAACAAAUAAAACAUGUAUUUGUGCUGAUGGUUAUGAACAUCAACCAACAAUGAUACCACAAUGUCAACGUAUUGGUGCCCAUUAUACACAUUAUUUUCAUAGUGGUUCAUCAAUACGUUCAAUGAAAGGUGUUGAUGGCUAUCCACAUGAUCGUUCAUCAUAUAAUGAAGGUUCAUCGAAUGUUGCAAAUUUUUUCGAAUAUGUUUUAUACUUUUUAGUACCUGGUUUAAUUAUUAUUUUUAUUUUUAAACCAUGUUUUCGUCGUAUCGGUGAAUGGCGUAAUCAUAUUCAUCAAUAUCAAUCGGAUAGUGAUUUUUAUCUAGCAACAACAGCCAAUGGUCGACCAGUUAUUGCUGAAAUGAGUGUAAUUGGUCCACAAUGUUCAGCAACGGGUACUUCCGCUACUACUACUACUGGUGGUGGUGGUGGUGGUGGUGGCAGUGUCGGUGUCGGUGUCGGUGGCGGUGCUGGUGUUGGUGGUGGUGUGGCUAGUGGUACUGUUGAAAAAUCAAAUAUUUUAGCCGGAACUACGGUCACCAGUAUGCCUACAGUUGGUGAUGUUUAUUCAAAUGAAUUUGCAUCAUUUGCUGCAUUUGCGCCACAUCUAGUUUAUCAUAAUGCAUAUCUAUUUGAUUCAACUGAUCCUUGUUAUGCAACACCAAUGGGUAGCUAUGGUUGUCAUCCACAAACAGUGCAAAAUAAUCAACAUCAACAACAACAACAACAACAACAGGCAGCAUCAAUGGCAUUAGUAAGAGAAAAAUUACAAACAAUUGAAGAAUCACAAUCCGAAGAUGGAUCAACACAGAUGAACAAUUUUUCCAAUAGUAAUAGUUUAAGUAAUCAGAACAUAAUAGCUGAAUCAUGUGUCGAUUUUGCGACAACGACAACGAAUAUUGGUGAUCAACAAUUGAUUACUAAUGGUGGUGAUCAAUCAUCAAAUGGUAAUGAUCAAUCAGGCAAUGUCAAUCAAGAUUACAAUAAAAAUGAUGAAAACAACGACAAAACCGCCACCACCAACAUCAUCAACAAUAACAACAACAUAAAUACAAACAACGAUAUUGUUGACAAGUCAAACAGAUGUGAUUCGAAUAUAAUCGAUAAUAUUAAUGACAACAACAACAACAACAACAAAAUCUGAAUAUUCUACAACUUGGUAACGAUAUUGAUGUUGGUGGCGGUGGCGAUGUUGUUGGUGUUGACGAUCAUUCAACGAAUCAGAUUGCUGAAUCGACAUAAAUUCAAUUUUUUUUUUUACUUUUGGCCAUAAAAGUUUCCAAGAAAGGCCAAUAACAACAACAACAACAACAACAACACAAUAAUAUAUACCAAUAUCAGUAUUAACCUUAACAAGUUUCAAAUCUAUAUGAAUGAAAAAUAGAAUGAAAAAGAAAGAGAGCGUGACAGAACCAGAAAAAAAAUCAAUGGCCACAAACAAACAUUGACAAUCAAUGAGUGAUUUGGGUAUAAAGAAAGGAGAAAAAAAAAGUUUGACAUAAAAAAACACCAUGAUCUGGUAUAAUUCUGGUCGUUUCGUGUGUAUAUGUGUGUGUGUGUGUUUAUAUGAAAUAAAAAGUAACAGAAGAAGAAGAAAAAAA